UUGGAUAUCAGGCUGCCAGCAAGGCCGCCUGCUAUUUAAACAUUCAAGAUGAAGAAGUUUUUGCAAAACAAAAAAGGCAGAUACUCUUUCCGACGGGGCUCUCGGUAUCCAUCUAAAGAUUUCUUCCUCAGCAUGCCGUCGUCCAACCAGGGCUGGCCUGAGGAGUUCGGCUUCCAGCUGGGCGGCAAUGGACCCAGCUACAUCCUCUCUGUGGAGGAGGGCAGCAGCGCCCACCUGGCCGGGUUGCAGGCGGGGGACCAGGUCCUGGAGAUCGAGGGCCACAAUGUGUCAACUCUGGGUCCCCAAGCUCUCGUCGCCAUCGCACAGACUCAGAAGAACAUCCCUCCCAGUAUCGGAGUGGUGUCCCGCAUACAGCAGAUGGACAUCAUACCAGGUCCGGACGGUCGUUUUGGGUUCACCAUCGUGGGAGACUGCCCCCUGCUGGUGGAGGACUGCUCGCCGUGCUCUCCAGCCGGCCGCGCAGGCCUGAGGGCCGGGGAUUACGUCAUGGAGGUCAACGGCAUCCCCGUCAGGCAGCACGAGACGGCCGCGGCGCUGAUCAAGGCCUCCCAGGGGAGGACGCUCCGCCUGGGGGUGCUGUGUCUCGGGCCGAGGCAGAAACACAGCAUCAGCAUAGAGGACAGUCAGCUGGGAGGAGAGGGAGCGAGACUGGACCGCAAACAUAAAGCUCUGGAGUUCAACAGGAGGGUUGACCAGAUUUUAGGCGAGGAACCCGAAGUGAAGGAGAAACUGUUCACGGUGCUGAAGCAGUACGCAGCCGAGAAGAGAGUGGAGUGGUUGGCCUCGGUCCUGCCCGACAUACUCACCACUGAUGAGCAUCGACAGCUCAUCUCCAGCAUCAGAAUCUUCAUUCCCAAGAAGCACCGGCAGCGCUUCGACGAGGCCGUGUCGCAGAACGUGAUCAACCGGCUCUGUCGCAGCAAGAGCAUCAGCGAGCCGCACGGCAGGAUCCGGCGCAGUCGGAGCGAGGAUCACUCCGACCGCCACCACGGGUCCAAACGGGCCAGCUCUGUGCCAAGAGACGGAGAACCCGGGGGGAGGGGGGAGGCGGAGAGAGAGAGGGGCUUAAGGAAGUCCAACUCCGGGAUACCCCCGCAUCCCCCCAUCGGACCCAAUCAGAGGAUCGUCCGUGUCUACCGGGGGAAGAAGAACUUCGGCUUCACGCUGCGAGGUCACGCCCCCGUCUGCCUGGACGCCGUCAUCCCAGACAGUCCUGCUGAGGAAUGUGGACUGAAGACAGGCGACCGCAUCCUCUUCCUCAAUGGACUGGACAUGAGGAACUGUUCCCAUGAGAAGGUGGUGUCCAUGCUGCAGGGCAGCGGGGCGAUGCCCACUCUGGUGGUGGAGGAGGGUCCGUCUGAGUACUCCUCAGACCAUACCGACCCGGAGGAAUCUCCGAGCCUGGCCCCCGCCUCAAUACCGCGCUCCAGGUCUCCAGCCCUCAGCUCUCUGCAGUGGGUUGCAGAGAUUCUUCCGCCGAGCAUCAAAGUCCACGGUCGGACCUUCAGCCAGCAGCUGGAGCACCUGCUGACCAUCCAGGAGAGGUACACAGUCUGCAAGUCCCUGGAGACCUUCUUCCAGCACAGGAAUGUGGACACUCUGAUUGUAGACGUGUUUCCGGUGUUGGACACUCCGGCCAAACAGCUGAUCUGGCAGUUCAUCUACCAGCUCCUGACGUACGACGAGCAGGAGCGCUGCCAGGGCAAGCUGUCCCGCUUCCUGGGUUUCAAGAGCAGCGCGGCGGCGGAGCCUGACGUAGGCCCGGAGCAGCAGCAGCACCACCGAAGGAGCAGCUCCAUGCGUGUGACGGGGACGUCGUUCCGCAGCAACGUCCGAGAGAGGAGCUCUGACGACUGCAUCAUCGGGACUCACCUGGGAAUGGGAAUUCAUGUGGAUGAAUCUGGGAGCCCGGAGGAGAGGCAGUCAGGAGAUGGAACCUCCUUCCCCGAGUCCCCUGACCUCAAUCAUAUGACAGGGGUGUACACGGAGCUGGAGAACGUGUACGCAGGGAAGAGUGUGUCGCCACUGCAGGGCGGCGGCUCGGCAGAGCCCGAGGGCCCGGGACAUAGUGAGGCCUACGGGCGCUCGCUCUCCCCCCUCACACUCCCCCCUCUCACAGGGAGCCGUAAAUCUGGCCUGUCCCUGUCCUGGAAGGAGCCUCUCCCCACCCCCGUAUAUGAGAUCCACCACCAGAGCAGCGUGGACUCCAACCCCUAUGUCUGCCUGGAAAGCCCCCCCGCCUCCCCUCAGCACUCGGACGGCGGCCCCAACACGCUGACCCGCCGCAAGAAGCUGUUCACCUUCUCCCGCCCGCCUCGCAGCCGGGACACGGACAAGUUCCUGGACGCUCUGAGCGAGCAGCUGGGCCACCGGGUCACGCUGGUGGACGACUUCGUACCCGGGGAGAACGACUAUGAAGAGAUAUAUCAAGGUGGUUGUCAUGCUUUCAGAAGAAGAGGGGUGCCUAUGAGUUUCCAGGAGGACCAGGACCCGGGCUUCGUUCCUCGGCAUCUCAGCAGCGGCAGCAGUGAGGAGCACAGUAGCAGCGACGAGGCCUCCUCUCCCACUUACUCCUCAGGAUCUGAACCCAUCCCGCCACCUCCCACUCAGAGCCCCCCACCUCCCCCACCUUUCCAGGCUCUGAUACCGCCCCCUGUUCAAUUCACUGACCCCCUGCCGCUCGUCCGCUUCUCCCCCGAGCACAUCCCGCGCAGCCGGAUGCCCUUCCAGCCGCACCACCCCAUCAUCCCUCCGCCCCCACCCCCUCCCAGGACCCUCCUGUCCAGCCGCUCCCCUCUACACAAAGUUCUCCCCACCAGAGAAGAAGCGGAGAAAACUCACCAGCGCUUCCAGACCACCACCACCUCCACCCGCCUCUCGCACGCACACACCACCCUACGCUCCUCCCAGCCGUCCCGCCCCUGCUAUCUCCCCCGGCAACACAGCCAGCCCCAGCCCAUCCUCCAGCCCCUCCUCCAGCCGUCCCCCCUGCCCUCCCCUCAGCCGCUGAGAACGAGCCAGCUCGUCCUCCAGAGGCACCACCAGCUGCACCACCAGCACAGCUACCAGGGCCCGAUGCCGCCGUCCCUCCAGGAUCACAGCCCCUCCCAGUGUCAGAGCCACGCCGGCUCCUUGCAGCUCUCCAAGCCUCCGGCCUCUCACUCCACCCUCCCCAGUCACACUAAAACAUAUGAAACCCCGCGGCAGGAACACCCGUCCCAACAGGCACCGCCGCCCCCGCCUCCACCCCUUCCCCCACCCUGUGAUCCGCCUCCGCUGCCCAAGCCGGGCCACGCCUCGGACACCAACCACAUGAGUGUGAAGCGGCUGCGCUGGGAGCAGGUGGAGAACUCUGAGGGAACCAUAUGGGGACAGCUCGGAGAGGACUCGGACUAUGACAAGCUCACUGACAUGGUGAAGUACUUGGACCUCGAUCUGCACUUCGGAACUCAACGCCAAUCCAUCUCUCCUCCAGAGCCAGCCUUCUUGCCAGAGAACUUUAAAAAGAAAGACGUGGUGGAGAUUCUGUCUCAUAAGAAAGCCUACAACGCCUCCAUCCUCAUCGCCCACCUGAAGCUCUCCACCACUGAGCUACGUCAGGUCUUGAUGAACAUGACCACCGACAGGCUGGAGCCGGCUCACAUCAAGCAGCUGCUGCUCUACGCCCCCAACGAAGACGAGGUCAAGCAGUACGAGCAGUUUGAACAGGACCCGGCCAAACUGAGCGAGCCCGACCAGUUCAUUUUCCAGAUGUUGACUGUGCCGGAGUAUAAAACCCGUCUGCGGUGCCUCCACUUCAAGACGACCCUGCAGGAGAGGACGGAGGAGAUGAAGGUCGCGUACGAUUACAUCUACAAGGCUUCAGUGGAGCUGAAGAGCAGCAAGAAGCUGGCCAAGAUCCUGGAGUUUGUACUUGCAAUGGGGAAUUACCUGAACAAUGGCCAACCCAAGAGCCACAGGACAACCAGUUUCAAGAUCAACUUCCUAACUGAGCUAAGCACGACCAAAACAGUCGACGGGAAAUCCACCUUCCUCCACAUUCUGGCCAAGUCUCUGUGCCAACACUUCCCUGAGCUGCUCAACUUUUCCAGAGAUCUUACGACAGUGCCUCUGGCCGCCAAGGUGAACCAGAGGGCCGUCACCGCAGAGCUGAGUGACCUUCACUCCACCAUCCUGGACAUCAGGAAGGCCUGUCUGAAGAUCCCGCCCACCUCCGAGGACCACUUUGCCUCCGUCAUGAGCAGCUUUUUGGAGAACAGCCACCCCGCAAUCCAGUCUCUGGAGUCCCUGCAGACCCGAGCGAUGGAGGAGUUCUCCAAAGUGGCCUCCUUCUUCGGAGAGGACAGCAAGUCGGCCAACACAGAGUCCUUCUUCGCCAUCUUUGCAGAGUUCAUUGGCAAGUUUGAGAGAGCUCUCAGUGAGACCAAGAGUCCAGAAAACCCCAGAAGCCCCAGACUGUCUUCCACUCUGGCCUGGUAGAAGCAUCACUCUGCUCUCCAACAACCAAAGUGCCAAGAUCACACACAGAGACACUGAAACGCAACGGGAACAGAGCCCACGUCAUCUAUAGCAAACACACCGUAAUGUAACUGUAGAGAAUCGCACACAUUACUGUUAUUCCAGGUGUGAACAGGAAGUCGUUACGUCUUUUUAACAUCACAUAGCAGGUAGUGAAAGAUACAAACCCUCCACUCAGAAGACAAACAACCGCUCUGGGGAUUUAGAUCACUUGCUAUGUUUCAUACAUGACUAUAUAAAGUUUAUAUUUUCUAUCAGAUCAUGUUUAAAAAUGGUAAAGAUUAAGCGUAGAUGUAGACGGAUCCAGAAGCAAGGUGUAGUUCAGUAGCGUGUGCAGAGGCAGAGGUUCAUCCAGCGAUGUGUUCACUGCCUCCCGUUUUAAUAUUAGGAGGUUUGUUUUCCAGCAUCCACUGAUUUAGAGGUAAAGAUGUGAAUUUAAAGGGCAUCUAUUCUGGGAAUUAUAAUAAAAUAAAAAGAUAAAAGGAGCUACAGACGUUCACAGCCGGCUCUGGUUCACUUGGUUUCGCAGUACGCUGCAUUGUGCGUUCCUACGAUCCGAAAUGAGGAUCAGUUAAUCGUUUCUAUGGAAGCAAAACAAUGCUGUAAACAUUUUAAUUUCUAAAAAUCAGAAUACCUAAUUUAAUCUCACAAUUAUGAAGUUUCUUCUAAAAGCUUGGGGUCACGAUGUUCAGCACACCGCAUCAGCGAGUAAACCAGUGCACGCUGUGUUUAACUUCAGCUCCAUCAAAGACGACACAUUUUAAACAUGUAGAUGGAGUUUUAGACAUAAACACAGAACGCAGUGUUUGCAGCACAUGAACUGGGAACAAUAUGUAUUCGCAAAACAUCCUUCAGAACAUCUUCCACGCAGUGAGGCGGCGCGACGACAUCAGCACGUGGGUACCACCGGGUAGUUCUGCACUUUGUCGAGUGUCGUGAACGCAGCGUCCGAAGGAAGAACGUGAAACGCAUGUGGAGGAAACAAAACAAGACUUUACAUUGUGAUUUCCUGCUUCUCUGGUCGUCAUGGUGAUCCGACUCAUCUGCAGCUCCUGUUGUUGUAUUUUAUAUUUAAGUAUUGGUGAGAUUGUUGCUAUGCACUGCUCAUCAUUUUCAGUGUGUGUGUGUGUGUGUGUGUGUGUGUGUGUGU